UGCCCUGUUGCUUUCAAAUAUCUUGUUAUUAUUUAUUUGGUAUAAUUUAAAAAAUUAGUUCGUCCGACCAGUUGUGUCGUGUAACUACCGCCUUAGAGCGAAAGUAUAUGGCGCGAAAACUGACAUUUGACAUUUAACUACAAAAUAAAAUAAUUUGCAAAUUUUUUGCGAUUAUAAAAAUCGUAUUACAAGUUAGUACAGGGAUAAAGUUAGUAUAUAUUUUAACGAUGAGUGAUUCCACGUAUAAACUUAAGUAUCAAAAAUAUAAGAUACGAGUAAAAACAUGGGAGCGCGAUUUUAAACGUAAAUUUUCACGAGUUCCGUCCAAGUAUGAUAUUCGUGAGGCACCACAAGAAAUACGAGACUCUUAUAAAAUGUACUACAAAUUGAAAACAUCACUACUGGAGGACACUUUGAAUGAUGUUUUGGAUGACGACGGAUUUAGUGUACUUGAAAUUUCCCAGAGUCAAAACGAAUUAGAAACGAAUGGGGAGAGUUCAAAAAUGUCCAGUAGCAUUGCCGCUUUAGUUGGUGAUGCUUCAUCUUCAAAUUUGCUAGAUGAUUUACAAACACCCACGGAAACGAAAACUUUACACAAAGGCGUAACUUAUGCAGACUUCGCAGAUAAAGUAGUCAAAGAAUUUGAUGCCGUUGAAUUUUGUGAAUUAAAUGAAAAAGCAUGGGGACCCGAUCAAAAUAUACAAGCCUCAAAGGCCGAGGAAUCAGUUGAUAAAAGUCCAAAAGAACAAGGCGCUUUGAAGAAGCCUUUCACCUCCAGCUUAUGUGCAAAACUUUUGAAAGGCUCAUCAUUCAGUAAACGCAAUCCAAGGAAGUCACUUUCUCGUGCUAAUUCGGAUGUGACACAAUUAUCGCGUCAAGACUCUCUGUGUAAUACAUCGUUGCAAGCGGAAGUUUUACCCGAUUUAGAGACAAUAUUAAUACAAAAAGCUAAGGAACAACAAUCGUUAGCAGCUGUUGCCGUCAAUCCAUUAUUAACAGGCAAGGACUCUACUACACAAAUAAAUAUAGAUGCCGGCUGGCUCAACCGUAACACCAUCGAUGAAGGCCUAAAAGGAGGUGUAGAAAUUAAAACACAAACAGUUAAACCACUAUCGCAAACUCCAACAGUGGAAAAGCGUUUUGGACUGAGCAAUAUCAAUGUAAAAACUGUGGUGCCCUUGAACAUUACUAACAAUAUAAAACAUGAAGAAACGCUGAAAACAAAUGUGGUGGAAACCAAAUCUGCUAGUGCAAACAACAUAAAUUUGGAGACAAGUGCGAUUGUAAAUGACGCUGUUAAUGGUGACUCUGAUUCAGUUGUUUCGGAUAGCGGUGGUGAGGAAGCAGAACAAGCUUAUGUACACGUCGCCAAAAGGCGUCGAGUGCUGAGAACAAUUGAAAAAAAUCAAACCAACGAGCACAGCGAUAUGUCAGCCAAAAAUACCAACACAAACGAGUUGAAACCAAUAGCAAUGCAAGAAGAUUCAAAUGCGCAAGAACCUCAUCAAGAGGAAGUUAAAGAUUUCUCAGCAGAUGAAAUUGAUGAUGCAGAUUAUUCACCUCCGAAACCUAAGAAGGGAGCCCGCAAAACUGUUAAGGCUGUUAAGAAGACCGCAACAGCUAAGGAGGCAAAACAAAAAACUAAACAAAAUAACAAAGAAACAAGUAGUUCUCAAAGAACAGCUAGGACUAGAGCAACUAACAGUAAAAAAGUUAAUCCCAAAGCUAAGUUAGAGGUUACUGCUACAAACAUGGAGGAAACAAGCGAAGAACCUGAUGAAAAGCCACCAGAAGCAGCUAUGUUGCGUUAUACAAUGCUACUCGAGAGUGGCGACCUUACAAGUACUCCCCGUGUACCAAGUAGUGAGCUGGAGAAAGCCGAUGAUGUAGCACAGCAAUAUAUAAAUAGCACACAUGCGGUAGUCACCAAGCCGGAAACAGCAGUUCCUAAUCGUAAGCAUACACUUUUGCCUAUCAUUGAUGAGAAACGUGCGACAGCACGAAAGAAGCUUGAAGAAAAAAUUGCCGCCGGUAAACUGAAUGAGAAUUAUGUAUCGAUUAAUUUGCAAAAGAAGAUAUAUGCACGUGGUAAACGUCACGUUAAUUAUUCUAAAUAUAAGAAAAAACAGUGGCGCCACAAAAAGAAAAUUGCUGCACUCGCCGGUCCAGAUAUGGAUAUGGGCGGUUGUGAUGGCGGUGUGCUAACGUGCUUCACUUGCGGGCAAGUGGGACAUUUCGCUGCACAAUGUAAGAUAAAAGGCGACUCUUUAUUGCCGCUAACAGCACAACUUGAGGAGGAUCCCUCACCAUUUCCAACUCUCGAAGAAGCCGAACGUAUGGCUGCUCAGAGUGCGGUGGUGGCACACAGUCGAAAUAUAUCGAAAUUGCCAGCUGCACCGAAUACAGCUAUUUAUCAGAACAAUGCGGAAGUUGCUGAGAAUGGUCUGGAACCGCAUAUAAAUUCUGAUGAUCAAAUGUCAAUUGCUAGUAAAGACAGUAAUGAUGAGAACUCUGAAGGCGAUGUUGAUGUCUCUGAAGGUGAAGAUGACGACAAUGUAUACUUUGAGAGUGAUGAAGAAUUUGAAAAUAUUAAUAUUGAUGAGGUAACCACAACUGCUACACAAGAGUCCCCUAUUAAAAAGUAUGUGGGUCACAAAAUACCGGAAGAUUUUCUGAAGAAAGUUGGCUUAAAUACAAAUUCUGAAAAUGGCAAAAUAUCCGAUACACAAUUUGGUGGUAUUACACCCAUCUAUGAACUCGCUGCUGAUGGUAAUGUACGUGAAGAUAUUCCUGCCGAAGUCACAGACGCACUGCGCAUGUUCGGGCAUACACAGUUUCGAAAAGGUCAAGAGCGUGCAAUCAUGCGUAUAUUAUCUGGCAUUUCAACAUUAGUUACGCUGAGUACUGGUAGCGGUAAGUCAUUGUGUUACCAAUUACCCGCCUACCUGUACAGUCAUCUUAGGCGCGCUAUAACAUUAGUUAUAUCACCAUUGGUAUCGCUUAUGGAGGAUCAGGUUACAGGUGUGCCACAUUUUUUGCGUGCCCACUGUUUGCACACCAAUCAAACGCCACAACAGCGAAUCAAAGUAAUGGAAAUGAUAUCGGCGGGUGAGGUGGAUAUUCUAUUGGUGUCGCCGGAAGCUGUGGUGGCUGGUGAGCGUUCUACUGGUUUUGGUGCCAUACUGCGGCAACUGCCACCAAUCGCUUUCGCUUGUAUUGACGAAGCACAUUGUGUUUCGCAGUGGAGUCAUAAUUUCCGUCCCAGUUAUCUGAUGAUUUGUAAAGUGCUUAAAAAGAAUUUGGGUAUCCAAACGGUUUUGGGUUUGACCGCUACAGCUACUUUGCCAACGCGUCUGAGUAUUAUCAACCAUUUGGGGAUACCAGAUGGCGAACGUGGUGUUAUCAGUGAUAUUCCAUUGCCAGAUAAUCUUCUAUUGUCUGUGUCAAAAGACGAGAAUAAGGACGCUGCUCUAUUAGAAUUACUGCUAAGUGAUCGUUUUAGCGAUUGCCAAUCCAUAAUUGUUUACUGCACACGUCGCGAUGAAUGCGAACGUAUCGCAUCGUAUCUGCGCACCUGUAUGCAGGAUCAAUGUAACGAUAAAAACGCUAUGGAAGGCGGUAAACGCAAACGAAAGCGUACCAAUUGGGCGGCCGAACCGUAUCAUGCUGGCAUGCCGGCAUCACGUCGUCGCACAAUACAAAACGCUUUCAUGCGCAAUGAGCUGCGCAUAGUUGUGGCCACCAUUGCUUUCGGCAUGGGUAUCAAUAAACCCGAUUUACGUGCUGUCAUACAUUACAAUAUGCCACGCAACUACGAGAGUUACGUACAAGAAAUCGGACGUGCCGGACGUGAUGGCAGACCGGCGCAAUGCCAUCUCUUUUUGGAUGCACGCGGUGGUGAUAAAUGUGAGCUACGUCGACAUAUCUACUCCAAUUCAAUUGAUAGACAUGUGAUAAGAAAAUUGUUGCAACAUGUGUUUGUGCCGUGCGCCUGCGCCAAGAAGGAAUCAUCAGAGGCGCAAUAUCAAAGAACUCAAAUGGCGCGAGAGAAUAUGUCGAAACCGAAUGCGUGUGAAAACCAGCGUAUAUGUCCCGGCCAUGAAAUCGGUUUCUCUGUACAACGUACAGUUGAGACGCUGGAUAUACCAGAAGAAAAUAUAUCUACAUUGUUAUGCUAUUUGGAAUUGGACUCUCGUUGGAAUAUAAGUGUGCUCAGCAAUGCGUAUACCAUGGCCAAGAUCAUUUCGUACGGUGGCGCUAAGUACUUGAAGCAUGCGGCCAAGGAAUGUCCACCUUUGGCUAUGGCAAUCGCCUUGGAAAUAAAACAAGAAACAUUCAAGGAUGAUGCAAAUAUAAUUGAGUUUUCGGUGGUCGAUGUAGCCGCGGCGAUCGGUUGGAAUAGUGGUGUUGUAAAAUAUCAAUUGAAAAAUUUGGAGUGGAACGAAGUCGAUGGCUAUCCGCGACGUUCGCCGAUUAAUGUAAAUUUCCACGACAUCGGUUUUCGUUUGAAGGCGCCGGGAGAUUUUAUACCCGAAGAAAUAGAUGAUGCACUGGAUACACUCUAUAAUCGCACAGUCGAACAGGAGAGAACACAAUUGAUACAACUACAGUAUGUCUUUCAAGGUCUCUCAUUGGUCGCCUACAACAAUUAUGUGCCGUGCAUGAGCGCUAACUACGCGCCAGAUCGUUCGAAUCAGCUGAAAGGCAUUAUACGCGAUUACUUCCAAAAUGAUUAUCCAAAAGAACUGAAACUAGAUCCGGAUAAUUCCAAUGUAUCCGAUGGUGACAUUGAACACGAUGUACUCUCACUCAUCAGCAUGUAUCCCGAUAAUAAUUUCAGCGGUCGCAAUAUUGCGCGUAUUUUCCACGGCAUAACAAGUCCCAAUUUUCCAGCUGUUAUAUGGGGCCGUUGUAAAUAUUGGCGAGCACACUCAAAUGUUGAUUUUAAUAGAAUUCUGAAAUUGGCGAACGCGCUUAUUGUGCGACGACGCAUGUAAUACAUAACUCGUAUUCGCCAUAGUUUUGCAUUUAGUGAAUUGUACUGGUUAUAAAAUGUUUUACACUUUUAAUGACGUUAAAUCGGAUUUCGAGUUUUUCAAGUUCCGAAAACAGACACAACCAAUAACGAUUCAAAUUAAUUUACGAUUUAAACCAUUUUUACCAUAUCACUUACAUUUUCAGUUUAUUCAUUAACCACAUUUCAGAUUCAUUAAAGCAUUUAUUCACUUCAAUUAAUACAUAAAAAAUUUAAAUAUUGACUAAACUGUAAAGA